GGCAGGUGAAGAAGUGGCCUGGCUGGAGUAUAUUCGUUUGUUAAAAUGUGUCUACUUGCUGUGUAUUUGGGACCUGAUUUUCAGAGCUGCUGUACACAAACAACUCUCAUUAUAGUCCGUGAGACUGUGGGUUCUUGGCACCUCUGAAAAAGCAGGCUGUUAGGCAUGAAAGCAGAAUCCUAGCAGAGUAAAUUGUUCUGUUUAUACCUAUUGGUCACUUUAGAGAAUAAAAUAAAGAUGCAAAGAUACAGCCAGUUACUUCAUCGAAGAGCUUUUUAUCAUUCAUGAGCAGGUGAGUCCUUGGAGGCAUGGAAUCUCCCCCCCGGCCCAUUGUAUGGACAUGCUUCAUUCUCCUGGCAUUGCCACUGCUCCUGGAUGCACAGGGCUCCUGUUCCCACGGUGCCUGCUACCCACCUGCGGGAGACCUGCUGAUAGGACGAAUCCAUCACUUAAAAGCCUCGUCGACAUGUGGCCUUGUGAAGCCCGAGACCUACUGCACAUCAUAUGAGGAAUGGAGGAUGAAAUGCUGCCGAUGCGACUCCCGAGAGCCUCAUACUCACAACAGUCACCAGGUGGAGAAUGUACUUUCCUCCAAAGGACACAUGCGCUGGUGGCAGUCCCAGAAUGACGUGAACCAAGUCUCCUUGCAGCUGGAUCUCGACAAAAAGUUCCAGCUCAGCAGCAUCAUGCUGGACUUCAGGGCACCUCUGCCUGUAGGGAUGCUGAUCGAGCGCUCCAUCGACUUUGGCGAGACCUGGACCAUCUAUCAGUACCUGGCCUCUGACUGCGCCGCCGCGUUUCCACGGAUCCCCCUAGGCUCCCCCCAGAGCUGGCAGGACGUGCGCUGUCAGGAACUGCGGACCCACCAGGGGCACCCUCUGCACGGGGGGAAGGUCAAAUUCAACCCCCUUGACCUGGCAUCCGGCAUCGCCGCAUCUCGCAGCCAAAGCAUCAGUAACCUGGGAGAGUUCACCAACCUGAGAGUUAACUUCACCCAGCUACCUCGCCUCCCGCAGCAGGGCUACCGCUCACCCAGCGCCUUCUAUGCUGUAACCGAAAUGCAAGUUCAGGGAAGCUGCUUCUGCCAUGGACACGCAGACCGCUGUACUUCCUCCAGGGCCCCGCCCACAGACCCCAGUGCCAUGAUGCAGGUUCACGGACACUGUGUGUGUCAGCACAACACUGCCGGCCCACACUGCGAUCGCUGCGCAGCUUUCUACAAUGACCAGCCUUGGAGACCUGCAGAAGACCGCAACCCCAAUGAAUGCCGGAGGUGCAAUUGCAAUGGUCACUCGGAGACGUGCCAUUUUGACCCAGCUGUGUACCAAGCCAGUGGUGGGGUGAGUGGAGGUGUGUGCGACGACUGUCAGCACAACACAGUGGGGAGGAACUGUGAACGCUGCAAGGCCUACUUUUUCCGCAACCAUCGACAAGAUGUCACCCAUCCAGAAGCCUGUCUGCCUUGCGAGUGUGAUCCGGACGGCACGGUGCCUGGGUCCAGCUGUGACCCUCUGAACGGGCGCUGCGUUUGCAAGGAGAACGUGCAAGGGGACCGCUGCCAUCUCUGCAAGCCCGGAUUCACCCAGCUCACCAAUGCCAACCCCCUGGGAUGCCACAAAUGUGCCUGCAACAUCCUGGGGACACGCCAGGACGCACCCUGCGACGACGAAACAGGAAGGUGCUUCUGCCUGCCCAACGUGGUGGGAGCCAAUUGCGAUCAGUGCUCUGCCAAUCACUGGAAGAUCGCCAGUGGCCAAGGCUGUCAGCCGUGCAACUGCGACCCUCGCAACGCCUUCAGCCCCCAGUGUAACCAGUUCACAGGGCAGUGUCAGUGCCGGGAAGGCUUCGCGGGGCGUACCUGCUCUGCUGCCCACCUGCGGAUUUGUCCAGAUGGGUCCUACGGUGACAUCAGGACAGGAUGCAGAGAGUGUGACUGCAAUUUCCAGGGCACGGAGGGGAUGGGAUGUGACAAGACCACAGGCAGCUGUCUCUGCCGCCCUGGCUUUACUGGGCCUCGCUGCGACCAGUGCCAGCGGGGUUACUGCAGCAACUACCCCCACUGCGAGACGUGCCACUCCUGCUUCCAGACCUACGACAGCGACAUUCGCCGGUUCGGCCUGCGCCAAGCCAGCCUGAGAAACUCCACCUCACGACUGCAGCUGGGUACGGGGGGUGCUGGCUUCAGCACCCGCAUCUUGGAAGCGGAAGGCAGUGUUCAGCAGAUCCAGGGGAUCCUUGGCAACCCACUAGUGACAGAGCAGGGCCUGGGUCAGGUGUCCAGCAUGCUCACAGCAAUCAGACAGCAGGUCCAGGGCAUAAAUCCCAACCUACCCUUUGUGAUUGACACCUUCUCUCUAGCCAAUGAUCUCAAAGACCUGGACAAAAGCCUGCUUUCGAUUAAUGGGCAGUACCAGAUUAAGAAGACCCAGUUUGAAGCCAGCCGCCGCACAGACCUUUCAGGAGCCUUCAAGACUGUCAGCUCUGCCUACCAGAGCUCCACCAACGCCAGCUACCGCAUAACGGGCACUUCCAGCCUGCUGACUCGAUCCAGGGAGAACCGGAGAACGACUGAGAGGCUGGAAAGCAGCUUUACAGACCACACCUCCAGGCUGGAGGCCCUCCAGGGCGAGAUGGCCUCCUCCCCCAACUUGACACCAACUAUAAAUAAGCUACCAAAUAGUGAGUGCAUACCUGCCUCCAAAAAUAUCUACUCCAUCUACUGUACCCAGAUUUGCAGUGGUGUCAGAUCCAAGGCCUGCACCCCUGGGCACUGUGACGGGGAGCUGUGUCCGCAGGACAGCACAAUGGAGUGCGGAACAGGCCUCAGCUGCAGAGGGAUCAUUCCGCUGUCACGGGGCGCAAUCAGAACUGCUGAGAAGACCACCAGAGAGCUCCAUGGCUUAAACACUCAGCUCCAGCAGACCAUGCAGAUGAUCAGGGCAGCAGAAACAGCUGCAAACCAAAUCCAAAGCAAUGCACGACGUCUCGGGGACCAAGUAAGUGUAACCAGGACCCAGAUAGAAGGAGACGUCCGACGCAUCCAGCAAUUCAUCCAGCAAGUCCGCAACUUCCUGUCAGACCCAGCCACUGACCCUGCUACCAUCCAGGAGGUCAGCGACUACGUGCUCUCACUCCGCCUCCCAACGGACACUGCUGCGGUCCUGAGGAAAAUGACUGAGAUCCGAAACCUGGCUGCUAAGCUGCAGUGUCCUGAGAGCAUCCUCACCCAAACAGCUGGGGAUAUCGCUAAGGCCAAGAGGCUUCAGCAAGAGGCUGAACAGGCAAGGAACCGAGCAAACGCAGUAGAGGGCAACGUGGAAGAAGUGGUGGAGAAUUUGAGACAAGCAAACGCAGUGCUCCAGGAAGCCCAGGAUGCUAUCAGUGGCUCCAGCUAUUCCCUUCAGCUCAUCCAACUCCGCAUUGAUGAGAUCCAGGCUGUCCUUGUUCCAAUGGAGAAGAAUAUGAGAGACAUUACGGAUCAGCUGGACAGCUUCACGGAGAGAAUCCGCCAAUUGCGGCACAAGGCGGAGCAGAAUCGGUUGCAGGCCACAGAUGCUCAGCAGAGAGCAAAAGAAGCCAGUGAAGAAGCAAGGAGCGCUCAGCAGGGAUUUGAACAGGUCAAACAAAAAUAUGCUGAGCUGAAGAGGCGGAUGGGACAGAAUUCAAAUCUGGGAGCUCAGGGCAGCAGGAUCCAAAGUAUCGACAUGGAGGCAAAAGCGCUCUUUGAAGAAACCUGGGCUAUGAUGCUCAGGAUGGAAACUAUAGAAACGGAAAUUCAGAAAAGCAACAAUGCAUUAAUCGUCAAGUCAGCCAGCCUCGCAGGCUUGAAGGAGCAGGUGGAAAAGAUCAACAAUCAUAUCCAUGAACGAAUCACAUACUACACCAGUUGCUAAUCAAUGAGCUGCUGGGGCUCCAUCUCGCCAUGUAAUUGCAUUGUCUGCCUUCUGUUCGAACACUGACUGGGGGACUUAGUCCCAUCUCCUGGCUCGUAGAAGUUUCUUGUUCUCAAGGUCUUUGUCAAUAGACCUACUGUACCUUUAGAAAAUAGCUAGCAUGGAGCCAAAAAGAACAAGGUCCCUUAGGGAGAAUGAAUGUUAUGUGGCCUUGCUAAAGCCACACUGAGUGGCUCUAGGAAAGGGGGAAGAUGGAUCUAAUGUCAGUAACUAAUAAAGCCUUUUGGAAGGAGUUAUUUCUGCAUGAGGUUUGCCAAAUUGACAGGGGAUGUUUAUUCACUUUAGCACCUGGAUUUCACCUUUUGAAUGAAAACCUCAACUCUGGCCUUUUUUAAAAAAAUAACCUUUUCUGGUAUAUUGCAUUUAGUUCUUCAAAGAAAGUCAUAAGAGGGGCAGGAUGAAGGCCACAGCUAAAUAUAAGACCAUUCCCAGGAGUGGUUAACUGAGGUAAACACUAAAAGCCCUAUUUACACAAAUGUAAGAGCAGUGGUGCUCUAAGGUAGCGUUAAAUACCACCCAGAUUGACUUCGUCAGCACCUGCUUAUUUUCAAACAAUACUUUGCAGACAGAAGAGUGUAGGGAACAACUCUGCGCUGGCAGUGGGAAUUUGUCUUGGGAGAUUUAAGAGAGUACUUCCACCUCUAACCAAUCGUCACUUUACAAAAUAAAAGUCAGCUUUAUUAAGCACGGUGUUUAUUACACAAUUACAGACUUGGAAACAGGGAAUUCAGACCUCACUUUGAUUAUCAUCAGGCAUGUGGAGGAUGGUAGCAGGCUCUCUCCUUUCACAGCUUAAAAGGAAAACUGCACACCCAAGACAGGCCAUUGUUACUGGACAACUUCUUACAUCUGAGCUCCAGCCUGUUGAAGUCUUAACAGAGAGGUAUAGACUGUAAAAACUGCUGGGAUGCCUGUGACUAAAUAAACACCAUAUGGCUUUGCUUUAAAA